AAAUGGAAAAGUAACAUGCAGUCGUAACGUAAUAUUUUCGUAGAGUUCAUUGUUCAUUUCCUGUGAUUCAUGCCGGUUUUGCGAUAGUAUAGAGUUAAAUUUAAAAAUAUAAUUAUAUAGAUAAUACUGCAACAAUAAAUUAUUUGUGUAUAGUAUCCAGUAGAAAUGGCCAAGCUCACUGUUUUAAUAUUAGGAGGUUGUGGUUUCAUUGGACGAAACCUGGUAACAUACUUACUAAAUAAUGACUUGGUUAAUUCUAUUGUAGUAGUGGAUAAAGUACCACCCCAAGUAGCUUGGUUAAAUAAAAUCCAUUCAGAGAGCUUUAAAAAUAAACUGGUACAAUUUAAGAGUGCUAAUCUUAUAAAUAAAGAGUCUUGUAAAAACGCGUUUAGUCUUUCUGAUGGCUCUACAUGGGAUCUCGUAGUAAAUUGUGCUGGUGAAACGAAACCUGGCCAGACUGAUCCAGUGUAUCAAGAAGGAAUCCUUAAACUCAGUAUAAAUUGUGCAAAACAGGCUGCUCUUAUGAAUGUUGGAAGGUAUAUUGAACUAUCUUCAGGCAACAUGAAUUCUUAUGAUAAGGUUCCUCAUAAAGAAUCAGACCCAUUGGAGCCUUGGGGAUUUAUUGCUAAAUGGAAAAAAGAGGUAGAAGCUCAACUAAGUGAAAUUCCAAACUUAAAAUACACAGUUUUGCGUCUUCCUCUAGUGUAUGGCCUAGGAGAUAAACAUUAUAUCACGCCUCGCAUUUUAGCGGCAGCUAUUUACAAAGAACUUAAAAAAACAAUGAAACUUUUAUGGAAUGAAGAUCUAAAGGUGAAUACCGUUCAUGUUGAAGACGUUUGCAGGGCUAUUUUGUUUCUUUAUGAAAAAGAAGAAGCUAUAGGCCAGAUAUAUAAUUUGGUGGAUGAUGCAGAUACCACACAAGGAUCCAUUUCAAACCUUCUUGCUGAUAUUUUUAAUGUAGACGUUUCUUAUUAUGGCAAAAUGGUCUCUUCAGUGAUUGACUUGGAGAGUGCCACUGAAGAAGCUAAUGAUCAACAUUUGGUUCCUUGGGCAGAAGCUUGUCGGCGAGACGCCAUCGAAAAUACUCCCCUAUCACCACACAUGAACUCUAUUUUGCUCCAGUACAAACAUUUGUAUUUAGAUGAUAGUAAACUGAAAAAUUUGGGCUUUAGUUUAAAUGUGCCUAAACCCACAAUCGAAAAAUUAAAGGAAAUCGUGGAUGAUUACGUUGAAAUGAAGGUUUUUCCACCAUCAUUGGCUUUUUAGUUGCAUAUAAUGAUAUAAGGUAAGAAAUUUAAAUAAAGCCAAUCAAAGAGCAAUCAGUUAUAGCCUAAACCGUUGGAAUCAUUCCGUCUAGGUGCAGAAUUUUGAUUUUAUGUAAGAACAUGUUAUAAUGAUAUAUUUAUCGUUGCCUUACAGAAGUCGUAUUAAUAUUUUUUUGAAAAAUUCAUAUAUUCUGUAAUACAAAGUUUAUACUUGUAGGUUAAGAAUAUUAAAUUUUAGUCUUAAAAUAAAUGUUUGCAAUGUGUGCCCAGCCCUUUUAAAGUGUCUUAUAUAUAAAAUGUCAAUAUUAUAUAAAAAUUGUUUUGUAUAUUUUUAUUAGUAAAAUAAAUAUUGAAUUUCUUUUA